CCUCAUCUGGCCGCCAUAGCCGUGGUCGUUCGGCGAUCCGGCAUAACACGGUUUGAUGUUCGGCGGCCGCUGUUUGGUGCUUGUGGACGUGUUUUUUCUUUCAACUGUACUUUUUCCUGGCGCUAUGGUGAACUGCGCGGUGUAUGGGUGCAGUGCCCACUCGCGGAAAAGUGCGAAGGACGAAAAUGUGGCGGAGGUUGGUUUUUUUCACAUUCCAAAAGUGAUCGCGCAUCAGUGCGCACGGACAAAUGAAGUGUCAACACGGAGGAGAGCGGAAUGGUUUUCUCGUAUUAACCGCAAGGAUAUGGACCGCAGUGCGAACCACUACAGAGUCUGUGGGAAGCAUUUCAUUUCAGGUCGACCAGCAUACCUAAUGGAUGAGUCCAAUCCGGACUGGGCGCCCUCGCUUCAUCUUGGGCACGGGAAAGAAAUGAACGGCAACGCCUCAUCAUCUCGGCACACGAGGAAAAGGCGCCGAGCGGAGCGAUCGGGAAGUCCCCGAAAGCAACUGCAUGAGAAUGCACACGAAGGAAGCAGUGCUGUACCGGAUUCACCAGUGACCUCCGAAGACGAUGAACCGCUUUUUGAUGAUCCUGAUAUCCAGGAGACUCCUGAUCAAGAAUGCACUGAUGGAGGGAAGGCUGACUUUUCACAUGUUACUGACUUGACAAUGGAGCAAAUUGAGCAUCUUGAGAACGAGAAUCGGCACCUGCUCUCAGAGGUCGGAGAAGUGCGAAACAAACUGAACAAGCAAAUGCUGACUGAAGAGUGCCUGAGAGAAAACGAAGACAUGUUGCAGUUUUACACAGGAUUGUCAAAUUUCAGUCUUUUGAUGGCCCUUCUUGAAGUGCUGAAGGAAGGAAUGGCACGUACAAACCGAAACAGUCUAACCUUCUUCCAGGAGAUGCUCAUAUUCCUCAUCCGCCUUCGCUUGAAUGUGCCAUUGCAGGACUUGGCAUACAGGUUCAAUGUAUCCCAGUCAACUGUGUCUAGGGUUGUCAACAAGUGGAUUGAUGUGGCCUUUGUCCGCCUCUCCCGUGCUGUGAAGUGGCCAGAACCUGAAGAGUUGCAGCGAACAAUGCCUAUGGCAUUUCGGCAGUGCUUCGGGACACGACUAGCUGUAAUACUCGACUGUUUUGAGUUGUUUAUAGAGCGACCUUCGUCUUUCCUGCCUAGAUUGCACACAUGGUCAAACUAUAAGCAUCACAAUACAGUCAAGUAUCUAAUCGGCAUCGCUCCACAGGGCGUUAUUACAUUUAUUUCUCGUGGGUGGGGUGGACGCUCGAGUGACAAGGUCAUUACAGAGAAGUGUGGCGUGCUGAAUAAUCUCCAGCCUGGGGACUAUGUUUUGGCAGAUAGAGGCUUCACUAUUGGCGACAGUGUUGGACUUCAUUGUGCAAAGCUUGCAAUUCCUGCCUUCACCAAAGGCAAGCCCCAACUUUCAGCCUGUGAAGUAGAAAAGACGCGAAAGCUUGCAAAUGUCCGGAUUCAUGUUGAGAGAGUGAUUGGACUGCUCCGCAAUAAAUACCGAAUACUCAAGUACACGCUUCCUGUGGAGAUGCUUGCAUCAGAAGAGACUGGACCCACUGUGCUCGACAAGAUAGUCUUUGUUUGUUCGGCACUAUGCAAUUUGAGUAACUCCACUGUUCCAUUCGGUUGACCCCAGAGAUAGACAAAGCAGAUGAUUCAGCUUUUGCAAAUGUUUAUUGCUUAAAACAACUCUUGUGAGGAAAAAUAAAGAACAGUUCUGUACAUGAAACAUGCUGUUAUACAGUUACACAACAGUUAUACAGGAGCUCUCUUGUGUAGCAAGCACCCGUGCAUGAUCGUCUCUGCCGUUAAAUGGACAUUUUAUUUCUAGGACUCCUUUUUUGCAGCAGGUGCAACUUAUAAUGCCAUCAGGAGAGGUAGCCAGAAAUGGCAGCUCAGUGGAGAUUUGAAGACCAGAAUCCUUGCAGACAAAAUUCAUAUGUACGUCCUGUGACACAGCCUUGUAGGCAUC